UUACUCAAUAUUACAAUUAAAAAAAAAUUACAACGAUGCCUUUGAAAUCUAUUCGUGCAAGUCUUAAAAUUGCAGCAGACAGUAUGUUAAGUAAAAUUCAACUUGGAACUAAUAUCUUAUCAUCAGAAAUAUUAGGAUCCGAGAUUGCCAAAAUGUUUCAGUCCAUAAAUUUUGGAAUUCCUCUUCCCACAAAGUUACAAAGUAUUGAAUGUAAAAAAAAAUGAAGGUGAAGUGUAUCUUAAUAACCAUAAACGGAGUGACCUGAUGUUUGAUAUUGAAUCUGGACGUAUAAAUGAAUUUUUUAGGAAAUUGGGAAUUGAAAAUGCAGUUAGCCCUGAAUUCGUAAUUCUUUGACGUAAUAAAUUGACAAAUAAUCCGGCUAAAACUAUAGCUGAUGUUAACGAUAUCAUUGACGAAUUAAGGCCAAAAAUGAAGAACUUUGACGUUAAAAUUAACGAGAUUGAAAUAAAACUUGACAAAGCAAAACAAAGAAAAUUGCUUGAUUACGCGAAAGCAACCGCAAUAAUAGCUACUACUACUACUAUUCUUAGUGUAGGUAUCGCAGAGGUUAUUACCGAAAUGAAUAAAGCUAAAGGUUGUUUUCUUUAUGUUCAUAAAGAACGAUAUAAAUAAACUCUACCUUCAUGUAUUAAUAAUCAACCACCUCAUAAUACACCAAGUUGUGAGUCGAAGGCAGCUAUUGAAAAUGAAAAAUUAAAUUUAAUGAUACGUAGUCAAAACAGAUGAUACAUUAAUAUCCAAACUAAUUCAAAAAUUAUUAUUGAAUCAAGGCAAUUCUGAUGAGAUAUCUUAUAUUAACAAUAAAAUACAACCAAAAUUACAGGACAAAACAAUAACGAAUAAGGAAAUCGAAAAACUUGUUGAAAACAAUAAUAAUGAAGAUAGACUAAAUCAGUUUUAUAAUGAAAAUGAAAAUGAUUUAAAGAUUAUGAAUCCUUGUGCUCUUGUUGAAGAUGAUGAGGAAAAGUAUCCGUGUGUCGCCUGUAAUUCGUCAGCGCCCCAUAAUGCCGUAAAAUAUAUCGAUGCUACUUAUUUUACGGACAACGAAAGAUCACAUUGUGAAGAAGAUCCAACGGUGUGGGAGGCAAUUGCGAAGAUGUUUAGUGACACUAUUCAUGAUGUUGCAAAUCAAUUAUUAGGCGGUGGUAGCUUUUUAUAUGAUAUCCUUAUGUAUAUCGUUUAUGCCAUUGUCGGUUUUAUAAUUUUAUGUGGCAUCGGUUAUGCUGCUCAAUCUUUCUGUAAAAAGAAAAGCGACAAUAAUGAUGUUAGCUACUCAAAACUUGAAAAUGUAUAUUAAUUAUUACAUGGUUGAUCAACACAGAAGAAAAAGUAUUGCUCAUACGUCAAAAAGUGAUUCCAUAAACUAAAUCAAUUUUUCGAUUUAAAAAAAAGAAAAAAAAUUCGAUAAACGGUUGAUUCUACAUACAGGCUAGCCCCG